CAUCUCAACGUAGUCCAUACUACCUGCCAAAAAGUCUAGCUAUAUAACUUGGGCUUGAAGGGGAUUUCAACGGACAGAAAGUACCUGCGCUGUAUGAGCUCUGUACCGCUGUGAACUGUAAACCUUAAUCUACGUUUAAUGCGUCUAGACAGUUCGUCCAAGGCUUUUUUGUGUUGUGACCUCUGACCUGUGACCUCUGCGAGAGUUGGGCAAUGGUUCUGGAGAAGCUGGUGCGGUUCGGGAAGCAGCUUCUGCGGGUGAAGGUGGUGGACUGCAACGCAGAGGAGUCGCGUCUGGCACGAUGCCUCAACACCUUCGACCUGAUCGCCCUGGGAGUGGGCAGCACGCUGGGUGCCGGCGUGUACGUGCUGGCGGGAGCCGUGGCACGCGACAACGCCGGGCCCGCCAUCGUCCUCUCCUUCUUCAUCGCCGCGCUGGCAUCUGUUCUGGCUGGGCUCUGCUACGCGGAGUUCGGGGCGAGGGUCCCGAAGACGGGCUCGGCGUACCUGUACAGCUACGUGACGGUGGGCGAGCUGUGGGCUUUCAUCACGGGGUGGAACCUCAUCCUGUCUUACAUCAUAGGGACGUCUAGCGUGGCCCGAGCUUGGAGUGCCACGUUUGACGAGUUGAUCGGGAAGCACAUUGAAAUAUUUUGCCGUCAGCACAUGUCCAUGAGGGCGCCGGGGAUCUUGGCCGAGUAUCCGGACAUGUUUGCUGUACUCAUCAUCAUUACGCUCACAGGCUUGCUGGCCUUCGGGGUGAAGGAGUCAGCCAUGGUAAACAAGGUAUUCACCUGCAUCAAUGUGCUGGUGCUGCUGUUCAUGGUGGUUUCGGGCCUGGUCAAGGGCACGCUCAAGAACUGGAAUCUGGUGCCUGCCGAGGUCCUCAACAUCACCAACUCCUCUUUGAAUGAGUCUGCACCAUUGCCAUCAGAGGAGAGCCUCGGCAUGGGUGGGUUCAUGCCCUUUGGCUUCACGGGGGUCCUGUCGGGCGCGGCCACCUGUUUCUACGCCUUUGUGGGCUUUGACUGCAUAGCUACCACAGGUGAAGAGGUGAAGAACCCCCAGAAAGCCAUUCCCAUCGGGAUCGUGUCCUCCCUCCUCAUCUGCUUUGUGGCUUAUUUCGGGGUGUCGGCCGCACUUACGAUGAUGAUGCCCUACUACAUGCUGGACAAAAACAGCCCUCUGCCCGUGGCUUUCAAGCAUGUGGGCUGGGAAGGGGCCACCUACGCCGUGGCAGUGGGGUCUCUGUGCGCCCUGUCCACCAGCUUGCUUGGGGCCAUGUUCCCAAUGCCCAGGGUCAUCUGGGCCAUGGCAGAGGAUGGCUUACUCUUCAAAUUUAUGGCCGAAAUCAGCCCGAGAACCAAAACCCCCAUAAUCGCUACAUUAACAUCGGGCGUUGUGGCAGCGAUCAUGGCCUUCCUGUUCGACCUCAAGGACCUGGUUGACCUCAUGUCCAUCGGUACACUGUUGGCCUACACCUUGGUGGCUGCCUGUGUCCUGGUUCUCAGGUACCAGCCGGAGCAGCUGAGUCAGGCGUACCAGAUGGGCAGUACGCAGGACGAGAUGGAGCUGACCGAGUCGAUAGGGACGCAGAGCAUGGGCAUGCUGCCGGGAGUGGAGGAGCGCUUCAGCACAAAGAACCUGCUCUUCCCGGAGAACACGGAGCCCUCCAACUUGUCGGGCUUCACCGUCAACAUCUGCGCCAGCAUGCUGGGACUCCUGAUACUCGUGUUCAGCUUGUUGGCGGUUCAGGGCGGGGCAAUGCCCUGGAGCGUGGCACUGCUGAGCGUCUUGGUCAUGGUUUGCCUGGGCCUCACCCUCAUCAUCUGGAGGCAACCUGAAAGCAAAACAAAGCUGUCCUUCAAGGUCCCUCUGCUGCCCUUCCUCCCUGUGGUCAGCAUGUUCGUCAACGUCUACCUGAUGAUGCAGCUGGACAGGGGCACCUGGAUUCGAUUUGCAAUCUGGAUGGCCCUAGGCUUUGUCAUCUACUUCGGCUACGGGAUCUGGCACAGCACCGAGGCCGCCCUGGCACGAUCCAGCACCGAAGCAGACCUCGACGGGUACAAGCCAGCCUGCACGUUGAACGGACAUCCCCUGGCGCCCGAGAAAGAGGCCUUUCUUUGCAACAGGCUUGACACCACAGGCGAGGAUGAUGGAGAUCUCUAAGGAAUCGAGGGGGUUGCUGUGGCACCCCCUGCCGUCCGCACUUAGUUUCAACUUAGCUGUGACGCUUGCAUCAUAGGCAAACUUUUUUUUAAUUGUAGAAUAAUGUCACUUGCGAAUGAAAGGGAAUCCAGGCAAACCCCAUCUUGUCCAUCCCAUGACAGUCCCUCACUCGAAUGAGGAAGUGGGGUAGGGGCCUUUUUCCUGCAGCUGGAGGCUACUGCCUGUAUGCUGCAGUACCCUACAUCUCUUGUUGGUGUGGGUAUUUGUAUUUUAUUUUCAGUGUACAAGAAACCAAAAGUUAAAACACUAGACUCUGUUUUGGAAGGGGUGCAGUGGGGCAUUUUACAGUAGCAAUAUGUGCCGUUUGUGACUUGUUAAUGUGUCAUAAGGACUACAGCAUCUUUGAACAGAAAUUUUCAGCUUUUGCAUUGGCCUAUAUGUGUCAUUUAAUGGCUGUCCUUGUCACUCAACUGUGUGAUAUUUGGUUUCAUUUGGAAGCCCAGUUGUCUGGCUGUUCAGUGGUGUUAUGUACCCCUCUUUGGGGACUGGUGGGGUGAUGGGCUGUUCUGCCAACGGUCCAUAAAUGCUGGAGGAGUCGCGUGACUCGCUGUGAUUUAAAAGCACCCCUAGAGAAUUCAUUUUAUGGCUGCAUUUAUGGCAGCAAUAAAGAAGAGGAGCGAAUAAAAUGGAGUGGGGUAAAAAAAAAUGAAAAACUCACUGUCUGUAUGAUAUCCAGUUCAGGACCUGCAAGAAAGCAAGACAUUUAAAAGCAUGGUGAAGAGAUGGGCCUAUGAUUAUAACUGGUUCUUGGUCAGCAACCAUUUUCCUGUUUAGCACAAGGUAGCCUCAGCCACUGCAGUAAGUCCUGUGUUUACCAGAAGUGGUAGCUUUAUGGUCCUAGCCAGCAUAUUCAUGGACUCUAAAUAAUAUUGCCACCCAUCACUGCCCCCACUUUUUAGUAUUUUCAGCCUCUGUGCCUUGUAUAUAUAAGCACAGUAUUUUUUAACAGAAGUGUGAGAUUCUUUGGGGUCUGAAUUGGGGCAGCUUUCCAUCACAACUUGAACAAUGACAAAGAACAACCCAAAAACCCUUGUUAUGUGUCUUUGUAUGACAGACUCCCAUGUAUGGAUUGCUUAGCACCAGCUGGUGGUACUGCCAAGGGUGGGGAGAGCCUACAGUCUCUGAAAUAUGUUUGCCAUGAACCACGUACUGAGAACAGUGCUGGAUUCUGUCUCUCAGUAAAACCACACACAUUGUGAUAUUCAUCUUCUUGAUUUAGAUGUUUCUUUGUUGUGUAUUUGGAAGUCAGUUACUUCUUUUGGUAUAUUUGUGUAACUCUUUCAUGUAUUGUCUUUGCUCCUUAGAUACGUACCAUCUUUGACCACUGUGAGCUUGUACCACAGACUUCUCUGAAAUGUGGAAUAAACCUGCUCAUAGAAAGACUGAUAGCUGUUUCUCGGAAAUGUAAUUUCCCCUAAAGGACCGAGGACACUGUCAGUCAGACCUGGCUGCUGGUUCAUAGUUGCAUACCCAAUCUGAAUAAUUUAGUCAGUUGAACACUUGAGAAACAUUAUGAAUUCUUACCGAACAAUGUUUGUCAUGUGAAAGUUACAGUUGCACCAUGUCUUUCUCACUAUAGUGCCCAGUUCAUCAUGAAAUUGUUCUUUCUCAGUUCAGAUUCAAGCAAGUUUGGAUCCUAGUCAAAACGUUUCCUUUUCUUAAAUGUUCAGGACUUAUGCCAUGCCAGUGGUAUCAUGUGUUACAUAAAUCAAGCAUUAUAUUGGAAGCGAAAAGGUUUAGUAAACUUAA